ACGUACUCAAUACAUACCACCGCUGGGGGACGUAGUUUGUGUUUCUGGUUGAUAACGCUGCUUUUUAUUGAUUUUAAUUACAGGAUUGUACUCGUUGAGUGAUUCUGUGUAGGAUUGGUCUUUUUCCGGUGAAAUUUGGCCGCUUUUACCGUUUCUAAUUCACAUUUCACUUCUUUCGGCUUCGAUUUUGCUGUUUCUCUGGUUGUUUAGCAGCUGAUUUCCACUAAAUAUACGUAAAACAAUAUGUCUCGUGCAGCCUCUCCUACGGACAAUAGUCCAUUGCUGUAUUCACCCCAUGUAGGAACGGCAAGUUUGAUGUCCUCGGUCAUCAACAUGGCAAACACCAUCAUUGGUGCAGGUGUUCUUGCUCUUCCUCAUGCAUUGUCGCAGACGAGUCUGUUUUGGGGCGUUGUAAUGCUGAUUUUCAGUGGAUUCACUUCAUACCUCGGUCUGUACUUUAUUUCACGCUGUGCAGCUCGUCUUCCUCCUGGAAAGGCGUCCUUCGCCGCCGUUGCCAAACGGACAUUCCCUUCUUUGGCUGUAUUCUUUGAUAUAGCCAUCGCUGUCAAAUGUUUUGGCGUGUCUGUGAGUUAUCUUAUUAUCGUAGGUGAUUUGAUGCCUCAAAUCGCCAAUUCUAUGGGCUUUACAUCGGCUGCACUUUCCAGCAGACACUUUUGGAUCACAGUGAGCAUCAUUGUGCUGAUCCCGUUUUCGUUUUUGCGCAAGCUCGAUUCGCUUCGUCACACAUCGUUGAUCAGUCUUAUUGCUCUUUCAUACCUCGUGGUUAUGGUCAUGUUCCAUUACUUUGCAGCUGACACGGUUCGUGGUGAAGUUAGUUACUUCACUCCUGCUUCGGCAUCGGGCUUCCUCUCUGUCAUACCUGUGUUUGUCUUCGGCUUCACCUGCCACAUGAAUGCGUUUAGCAUUGUGAAUGAGUCCAAAAACAAAGCCCACGGACAUCUUGCUCUCGGAAUGUUCUUGGCUGUCUUUGUCAGUUUAAUUGUGUACUUAAUCAUCGCUGUUGCAGGCUACCUUUCUUUUGGUGACCUCGUAUCUGGCAAUGUUAUUGCCAUGUACGACGGAAACAGUGUGUGGACUCUCUUUGGAAAGGUGUCCAUUGUAUUCUUAGUGCUUUUCAGCUAUCCUCUCCAGUGCCACCCAUGCCGUGCGUCUGCGUACCAGGCCAUCACAAAGUCCUUUUCCUCUCAGUACAUUCCCCCCGUCUAUCACAACAGUAUCACGGCCGUUAUUAUCAUUCUUUCAUACAUUGCUGCUUACUACUUGACUUCGCUUGAUUUGGUUCUCGCGUUCGUUGGAAGUACGGGCAGCACGGCCAUAUCUUUCAUUCUUCCUGGUUUCCUUUAUUACGCCAUUAGCAUCAAGGCUUCUGUGCCAGAGGGUAUCAGCAGAAAGGCUGUUUCUAUUGCCAGAAAGUCCGCUCUUGCUCUCACUAUUUAUGGUAUUACGGUCAUGAUUCUUUGCCUUUCCAUCAACAUUGCGAGACUGCUUUGAUUCUCUGUAACAUAAUUAGAGGACUACUGGGAAGAAUCUUCUCAUCCGCUUAAUAUUCGGUUUCACUAGACUAGCCUUUUGCGAGGUGAUGCGAAUCGGUUGUUUUAUAUUUAUAAUUAUCAAAGCAAAGAAAGAAAUGCUGCCUACCAAAAUCUCAUUUCUGCACACUACUUUGAACCAGGGUACCAAACUGUCCAGCCUUGGCCUGACUGCAUAUUCCAUGGAAGAACCCUUGCCCUUGAAUUGAGUGCUGCAUAUUGUAGUCUGCCAUUUCUUUGUCGUACUUCCGGAAUGUAGUAUGUGAAAUCCAUUCCGGUAAAUAUGGUCUUAGGUAUGGGCAUUGUAUACACUUCAGGUAUGAUGCCAGUAUACGCCGGGUGCAUUCCAAUGCUUUUCGGUACUACCCAGGAUUGCUCAGACGGACACUCUCCGGUCGGAAGGUAGUCGGGAUCCAUCGACGAUGUAAGGAACUCUCUGAAAGUUUCCACAAGUCCGGCAUGAUCCCUGCUCCUCUUGAGAAUUUGAUAGGCUCUUUGGAAUUCAAGUCUCAAGCCCAUAACUUCCAUUUCGUUGGCCGUAUUAGCAAGGUUUCUCAUAUUGUUAAAAGGCUCUUCAACACAUAGAAUAUUGUUCUGGUCACUGUCCCACACUUUCGUUUUCUUACUGAGAAGGUAUCCCUGCUUGACAGAGAUGACAUAGCUUUCAUAUUCAAACCGGUAACCGUAAUACUCGAAGAACCCGAUGAACAAUGACCCAAUAGAUUUCUCAUUUAGUUGAACUUUGGGUUUACAGUAAUCGUUUUGCUGUAAGGCGACCAUGGAGGGAAGUAUAGGAGGAUCCGUCAGUUGUAAAUAAUUCAAGAGCAUACACGUUAUGGUAUAUGAGCUGAGAACACCCUUGCCUUUUGUGCCGUUAAACUUUCGACACUUUGCCCAGUGCUUAAUGAGCAAUGCCAUUGGUCGUAUACGGGCGUCGUACUCAACACAAGCUUUUAUCAUUGCGGUAUUCGUCUUUGCAAGACUAUUAUUUAGAUUAAUGUCGCAGGCAAUGCCCAAUGAAGGAUCCCAUGCUUUGACAAUGGGAACCCGGGCGCGUGGAAUACAGACAAUGUUUACCAACCCCUCUGUGAGAUGUUAGUUCUGUUUCUUUUCUUCUUGAACGCAUACCUUCAUGCAACAGUCGAGCCAAUUGACAUGUUGUUUGCAACUUCGAUGUUCUACUGUGGGUUUGAAUGCAGAUGUCAACAUCCGAUCGUCUCAGCGCAAGGUUACUUUCUGUGGAACCGAAUGUAGUGAGUUCAAUGUCUUCUUCAGGAAAAUUCGUUUGGAGGACACGGCUCAGCUUCGAUAAGAGGGCAAUACGGCGCUGCUUAUGACCCUCUGUCGCUUCUACUGAUGCGGCAAACUUCUGUAAUUCGAUGUCAAAGUCCUGUUCAUCUUGGGGCAAGACUUCUUCUUUGACAGUGUCUGCAAUUUCUGUUAUCGAUGCAGCUAUAUUUGAGAUGUCUGUAGAGCACUGAAAUCUGCUUGGACGUAAUGGAAGGUAAGUUUCAAAAGGACAGAUGUAUUGUUCUGGAUAUCCAACCUGCAUGGCUCACAUAAAAUUUAUUGAUUGGUGAUACAGCCGUUAACGCAGUUUUUGUAUGCUUUCGUUUCUUCUGUGCGAUGGGGGUUGUUCGUCUUAAUUGUGCGGACAGAGUUCUAUUAAAUACUCAACUUUUGUUAAAUGUAAACAAAUCCUCGAUGCAUCAAAUUAACGGAUUCCCAACUGCUUCAUAAACUAAACAGUAAACGAAGUGGAUGAUUCUGCUCUCUUUUAUCAUGUUUAACUUGCUUACAUCCACAAGUACCUGUCAAUGUGUUGCCUAUUUUGUGAACAAGGAAGUGGGGAUUCAUUAUCAUUUAGUUUAAUGAAACAGAGGUUAGCUAUUCUAUUUACAAUUCAAAACACCUUAAUCACUCGUCGUACUGGAUAACCGAAGCUGAAAAGCUUGCAUAUAGCGAGAAGGGAG